GAAAUCUGAUAUGUGUGUAUGAGAUCUGUCCAGGCUCAUUGCAGAAAAACCGAGCAUAAAAAGGCCUGAAGAGAUUGUUGCAGCUUUGUAGGUUGAUUAAUGCUGUUUAUCAAAUGUGUAUUCCCUAUAUUUACUUGAUAUGUAGUCCCUCUAUUGAUAAAGAGAAAGAAAAAGUUAUAAUGAUGAACUAAAAUCAAAUAAUCUAUGGUUGUUAAAAUGUAAUGAAUUAAAAUGUAAUGAAUUGAGGUUUUACACAGGAGGAGAAAUAACCCUUUGCAGCGACAGGAAGUGGUUAGAAGUCAGAGCGUGUGCGCUCUGACUCCCUGUCAGUUGCAACAGGGAGCAGCAACAGGAAGUCAGCGAAGGUGCUUGCUGCCGCUGAUUCUCCAGUUUUUAAAUAGAAACGAAAUGUCAUUUGUCAAGAAAAAGUCUAAGUCAAGAAAAUGCUGGAGAUUUUAGUUAACAAUAAACAAAGUUAUCUUUAAAAUGAAUCAUUUAAGAGGAAUUUAUACUCAACAGUAAACUUAAAGGUUAAUAAAUAAAUAUUCUGUUUCCAGCCUGCAGAUAGGAAAGACUAUUAUUUCCAAGCAUGAAAGUUACAAAGAAAUGAAAUCUAAAACAUUGUGAAUAAUUGGAUAAGAUUCAAAGUGAAAUGCUUUCAUUAAUAUCGGUUUGCUUGCAGUAAACAUUUACUCUUGUAUUGAAACAAGUAACUGUAACUUUGAUGUCAAGUAAUUAGAAUUAUGGAUUAUUCCUAGUUUCUUUUCAGAAAACUUGUAGUAAGCUCACGUUAAGUUACAACUGAUGAAUUAUGGAUAUUAUAAUGAAUUGGUAGAUGAUGAAUUGGAGAGGUAGAAUAAGUUAUAAAUGUGAUUUGUACUCUGAACUUGAAAUGGUGGAAGGAUGCAGCUGCCUGUGAAAGAUCAGAGGAAGGGCGUGAGUGUGAAUGGAGCAGAUCUCGGGUUGCAGGUGUCACAAGUGCAUUAGUUCAACCGCCCACGUGGAAAAAGAGACACGUGGAGAGUUGGGGCCUGGAUGGGACCAUGGGUUGCGUCAGAGGUUCCUUGUCUUGGUACACUCCCAUGGAGAGAGAGAAAAGAAAGGUAUAAAGCCACGAGUCUGAAGAAACACGAGGUUCUUCGUCUCCGGAGCUGAGGCUCAACACAAGAGCGGCAAGAAGACCAGCAGAGGAUUACGCCGAUGGAACCAAGGAAAGCGAGACUCACCUCACUCUGGAUUAACAAGGCGAAGAUCCACCGACCCACUGCCUUGGUUCCUCAUUGGAUUUCCCUACUCUGCACUCGACCCAGCGAUCUCAAAAUACAUCGCACAGACUUGGGGAAUUGAACAAAAGUCACAGGAUCGAUCAAGAGCUGUUCGGUUGGAUAUAACAGACAGUUCACCUUAUUUCCAUUCCGAGGAAGGAUUUACUUUUUUAAAGAUAAAGAUUCCGAUCAAGAGCUGUUCAGUUGGAUAUAACAGACAGUUCAUUUUGUUUCAUUUCCAAAAAAGGAUUAAUUUUUCACGGUCACAAGUGGAAGGAUUCUAACCAAGGACUUCUGUUGCCGAGAUCCAAUUCCAUCUGGGUAGGAGUAUGAGUUUGCCGCACCCCAAAGCCUUAUUUGAUAGAAAGAUGACAGUGUAGGGAGAUUAUUAGGAAAUAGUUAAAUUGAUCUAAAUUUUAUUGAUUUUCUUUGUAUGUUAAUCUCAAGUGAAUUCUGUAUGCCUGUCAUUUACCCUGCUAAAGCUUGCUUAAUAAACGCAUAUAAUAUAAAAUUCUAAUCAGGUUGUGGACCUUGAAAUUAAUUGAGUCAUUUGAAUCAAAGUUCUUCUAUUUAUAGUAAAACCAGUAUACACGAUUCUAGUAAUGUGGUGGCUUCAGACUUUCCUUUGGUGAGUUUAAGAUGAUGGCCUUGGGACUUGAUUUUAAUCCUAGUCACUAAAGAUUAUCCAGCCGUUAACAAGUACUCGUUACAUUUUAGAAAGAAUACUGCCGUUAACAGAAGUGGUUAUUGAAACUAUGCAGUUGUGAGGGCUACUCGGCUGACCGUUUCCUAACUGAAGAAGGCCAUAACUUCUGGACGAAGGUAGUGAGAGCUGGACGAAUUUCUUUCGCCACCAGUUUAAACAGAUUAUCUCAAAGAUCUUGUUCAGGGUAAGACCCUGGUCUUAAGAGAUUUUCCGGACCUGUUAGACAGAGAACUGGUCAGUAGUCAGCCCCGAGGAGUUGAGAGGAGAGGGCGAGGCUGGCUAUUGCGUAGUAACAAACAUGGCGUCCCUGGGUGGGCUCAAGUCCAACGGAGUAGGAGAGCCCCAGGUACUAAGUCAGUGAAAACAGAUGUGUGAUUCUGAAUAGCUCGCUUAGUGGCUAGCUCUUAGGGAGAAGAGUUAGCGGUGACUGGCAUCGGCCGUCAGUCACAACCCUUGCAGUAACUGUAUGGCGUACAGGUGAGGGAAAGCUUCUACUGAGGAUAGAUGACUAGAUCCAGACAGUGAAGCCAGUAGCCAACCCAGCCUAGAUCCAUCCCUGCUCGAUAGCGCUCAGAGAGGCUUUGGAGGAUAGGCAACUCGAAGACAAAGAACAAGAAUGGAUACUGAAGAAGAAGAUGGAUGCUCGAGAGUUAAACCGAUGCCAGGAAAUCGACAAGGACGUGGCUCUGGCCACGAGGGAGGCGAAUGGAGUAGAGGAGGGGAGCAAUUUAGGCUCUCUGAAUCCCAACUGCAGAGAACUUCACUGAAGCUGCUGCUGCUUGGUGAUGGAUUCGAUACAUGGACCAAAGUAAACCAGCGUAUGUUUUAUGAUCAUCACUACGCACUCGAGCGGGACAAUCUACUGGGGUUGAUGAAACUCCUGGUGGGCACCCAAGGCAUCUACAGCUGUUCCAAACGGGACCAUGGCACUCGGUUGAGUGUAGUUUCGUGUCCGGUCAAGGUCAGCAAAAAGGGUGAGGUCAAAGCCUGGCUGAGAUGGAUUGCUGACCUUCUUGAGGAGAAAAAGGACAACGACAUAAGAACGAUCUACAGCCCUUCUGAGAAGUACGACAGCGUGGUCAAGACAGCGACCCUGGCUGCUGGGGUAGACGGGAUACUGGUGAACCCCAGUGCUGAAGGAGUUAAUCACUAUACUGAAUGCCGUGAGGAACUGGAGCGGCUGGACGCCUACAAAAAGGAGAAGAAGGAACGAGAACCAGCAUCAGCCCCGGCUGCGAGAAAGGAGGAUUCUGACGUCGCUGAGGCUCCAUCCCGUUUCCCGACUAGGACAGGGACCCCCGUCGGAGAGCUGGGAUCAGCGGACAUGGACUUCAUCGACCUGAUCAUCGACCUGACCGCCGACGAGGAAGAAGGACCGUCUGGACCGGCUCCGUCACCAGCCCAAGGACGUCCUCGAUCAGCACGCCUGGAAGAAGCGGAAGGAGCAUCCCAACGGAAGGUUGAGGAGGAGGGGAUGGAGACGGCUGCGAUCGACUGGUCGUCGCGUCGAGCCCAGCGGUCCGAGUUUCGCCCGACGCUUCACAACACGGACGAGGAACAAUGGGGAGCCUACAGACCAAGGAAAAAGACCCAGAAGUCGGACAUCUGGAGGAUGUCACAAAGUCUGGCCCCACUGCCGCCGGAGGCCAUCUGUGUCAGGAUGCAGACCGGUCUCAAGGUGCUUCAGAUCAUCGCGAGCCCGUGGGAUGUCGAGGGUGAUGGACUGAUCGUGUUCACCGACUACAAGUAUAAGAUUCACAACCGGAAGUUCCGAGAGGAACUCAGACAAAAAGCUGGAGAAAGUUACCAUCAAAAAUCACUGCAGCUGGAAGCUGCCAGAACCACUGUGACUAAGGGGAACGUAUUCGUUGUAAAUGGAUAUAAUCUUCCCUAUGGUGCAGUGAUACUAGUCCCGAUCGACGCGUACAAGAAAGGGGAUAAUCUUGAAGACUACCGGAAGAAGAUUUGGCGCGGCCUCGAGCGGGGAUUAGUGGCUGGCAAUAAUGAAGGAAUGAGACGAGUUGUGGUGAGCGUGCAGGGACUAAGGCCACCACAUCUGCCAGGGGACACCGCCCAGUCAGUUGCGGAGAAUGGGGUGGUGACCAUAGCCAAGACCAACAGUCAUCGUUUCGGGUUCAAGGAAUUGGUGGUGGUGGUCAACCCUUGUCUGCACCGACUUCAGAUGGAACAAGGGGUGCAGAUGCUGGCUGAAAAAGAGGAACAACGCCGUGUCGAGCACUCCCCGCCAGAGGCUAAGAAAUACCCACUGGCAAUCCAACCAAACCCGCCUCCAAGUACUUUUCAGGCGGGUAAAGAGACGAUGGUGGAGCUUAUCAAGAUAGAGCUGAGGGCCUCAUCGGAUGGAGCAGAGCCCCAAGCAGCAAAGUACAUCAAAGAGUUCACGUUUGAAAUAAGACGUAGUGGACUGGAAGAACUCAACGUAUACAGAAUGAAGAACGAACGGCAAGCUGACAAGGACGACGGACUGAUGAGACCAGUCAAGAUCCAGCCACUGAACUCCCGCCAGAGAGAACCUCUUCGACAGCCGCAAUCUGAGGACGUCAGCGACUCGGAUGAACGAGAGGAGCAGCGGAAGGAAGAUCAUCCAGCGGUGGAGAAAGAAGAGAGCGACCACGAGAGCGUCUUCACCGACCCGAGGCCGCCUUCAGCUGGAAAUAAGCCGCUCCGAGGAGAACAACGUUGGGGGAAGAAGAAAGAGGCGGAGAUGGUUGAUGUCAAAAGACCCUUCGAAGGAUAUCUGAAGGAUGUCUGGCCUACAGUAGUGUCCGCUACUAAAUACGAGGGAGCCAAGAAGCUGUGGAUUACCAGUGUGACUACGGAACCGAUGACUGGAUCGGAGUCUGCACAGAACCACUAUGAGAGGUUGGUGUUAGAAGACAUGGAUGAUGAAAAAUCCCAAAUCAGGAGAGCCAGAGGACAACUCGACAAGGGAAGCCGGUUGGAGCCCCUUUGGCGCACACUUAAACAAACCGCUUUCAAGUAG